AUGUUGAAAUCAAUCACAUCAGGUUUAUUACAAUCGAAUUUGAGAUACUACUCAUCGUCAUCUAAUGUAGGUGUGAUUGGUGCAGGUCAAAUGGGAUCGGGUAUUGCUCAGGUGCUAUCACAAGUUGCCAAGCGUAAUGUAGUGGUUAUCGAUAAGAGUCCAGAGAUGUUGGUCAAGUCUGAGAAGUUCAUCGGUGGUCUGCUGCAAAAGGCCGUCGAGAAAGGAAAGUUGAGCGAAGCCGACAAGGUUGCCACACAACAGCGUAUCACAUAUGCAUCGGACUUGCAUGCUUUGGCCGACACUGACUUUGUCAUUGAGGCAAUCGUCGAGAACACUCAGAUCAAGUGUGACCUCUUUGCCAGUAUCACCAAGAUCGUCAAGCCACACACCAUCCUGUCGUCGAACACCUCGUCGAUCUCGAUCACCAAGAUCGCAUCGGCCACCAACUGUCCGGAGAAAGUGAUCGGUAUGCACUUUAUGAACCCGGUCCCAGUGAUGCAGCUGGUCGAGGUGAUCUCUGGUCUCCAGACAUCGGAGGAUACACUCAACAAGACAUUGGAGCUCGCCAAGGACAUGGGUAAGGUCACCACCAACGCCAAAGACAUUCCGGGUUUCAUUGCCAACCGUCUCUUGAUGCCAUACAUCAAUGAAGCCAUCCAGGCACUCUACGAAGGCAUCGGAACCAUCGAAGACAUCGACACCACCAUGAAGUUGGGUUGUAACAUGCCAAUGGGUCCAUUGACUCUUGGUGACUUUAUCGGACUUGAUACUUGUCUUUCAAUCAUGAGAGUAUUACAUACUGAACUUGGAGAUAGCAAAUACAGACCAUCUCCAUUAUUGGUUAAAUAUGUUGAAGCAGGUAGACUCGGUAAGAAGUCAGGACGUGGAUUCUACGAUUACUCCAAAAAAGUAAAGAGAAAAUAA